GAAAUAAAAUGCAUUUUCAAGACAAAGUGCAUCGUAAGACAUUGGGCAUGUGACGAUUUUGAAUUUGGCUUUUGUCUUUUGGGUUUUGGUAUUGGAGAGGAGAGAAGAAGAUAUGCAUCUUCCUCGAUUCAUUGCCGCAGCUCUGGCAGUAAGACAAUCUGUGAUGGUGUUACCUUCAUCAUAUUGUUCUCCUGACUGCCCGACAUGCAGAAUUGAAGCAUUAGCAUUUAAUAGCACGACGUCCUGUGCAGAAAAUUCAGCCUUCAUCACCAGCUGUGGAAACUGUCAAACUUGCGUGUUGACCUAUUCGAUUGAAAAUCCAGACGUCAGUACCGAUCAACAAGAGAUAAUACCUCUCAUCUCCGCGCAAUUGAAUAAAUGUAUCAACACGCCAGGAGGAGAGGAAGUCCAGCAGUACGCAUUGCAAGCUUCAAACUUAACAGCUCUGCAUUCACGGAUAGUUGGAAAUGGAUCUUCUACGACUUCUGGAGCGACAGCAACAAAGACGAGUUCUUCGACUACCACUGGACUAGUUAAUUUGGUGACAACGCCUGCUAGUAGUUGGACUGAGGGUUUGAUGAGCGAUUCAGGGGAUUGGACAACGGUUUUAAGUACAGCUACUUGGGCAAGUGCUUAUUUCAGUGCGCUCUCUGAAGCAUCGAUAUCUGCCAUGAAAGCAUCAUCACAUUCCAGGAUCUCCAUAACCUCCAUUUCAUCAACUCCAACCUUAAAUUCCACAUCAACAUUAAGUCCUACCCCAACGGCUCCAACCACGAACUCCGAGACCAACGGUACUUUCAAUUCAACUAUUCCUCUGACGACUGCUAGCUCCACGGCCCCUUUAAACAAAACUUGGAUAAUAGGCCCCGUAAUCGGCUCACUCCUCGGCAUGUCCACCGUGUUUAUAGUAAUUUUUUUCACUCGUCGCAAACAACAUCGCGAAUUUCUCUUUCAACAGCAACUUCUCCGCUCACGCCAUAUCCCAAUUGAUAUAGAACUAUAUAAAGAGUUCGGCGGGCUUAAUAGCCCGGCAAGUACGAGUAGUCAUAAUAGUUAUGGUGAUGUAUACUCAGGGACCGGGGGAAAAGCGCAAUUGCACGGGGAGAGUAUGGAGAUGAGGGAGUUGCAAGGGAGGGAAAUAAUGGCGCCAGUGGAAUUACCGGCUAGGGAACCGGUGGGGAGUGAACUGCUAACACCGAUUGGGAAGAGUUUCAAGACGAAGAGGAAAAGGGCAGCGAGUCCUGCAUUGCCAUUGGGUUCGACGGGGUCUGAGGGUUCAGGCGAACAAAGAUAUGAAAGGAGAGAGACGAAUAUAGGGAUAUUGAACCUACCGCGGAUAAUUUUACCCGAAGGGAAUGCCAAUAGAGAAAGAGAUGAGGAGGAGGAGAAUGAUGAAGACGAGAUAGUCGAGGAAGUCGAAUGGCCAUUACCAAUGAGUCCCUUACAAGCAAUGUUCAAAAAGACAGAGAUGAGGGAUGGGAAGGCAGACGCUGAUGAGGUACGGCAUGAGACUUAUUAUCAUCCCUGAAUGAUGCUCAAAGUAAGCUACAGAGAGCAUAAAUGAAGCAAAAAUAAAGUCUUAUGAGAAGUGAACUGCGGCUUAAAGCAGGCACCACAAGAAAGUCAAAUCUCUCUUGAUUCUGGAUCCCUCUGAAAAUUCCUACACCGUUCGAUUGAACAAAGAUUUAAAACCGGAGGGAAGAAUCACAACAUGACCAAUGUUAAGCUGCUGGUUAUCUCAAGUGCGCGAGACCCUCAAUACCAAAGAUGCAUACAUACCGAAUCUCAAAACAUUCAAUCAUCCCGAAACAAGCUUCGGGACACAACAAAAGGGACCCUUACACACGAAUCGGCUUGAAGCAAGUCAACAAACAUAUCACACAUUCAUAUUAUGUGACAUACCAACCAGGCACAGAAACUCACACUAAUACCAAUACCUCGUUGUAUAUAUGCUUUCAAAUAAUGCAUUUCCCAUGUCACAAUAAUUUAUUUAGCA